AUGACAACAAUAUUCCUUAUACUAAGAGUGAAAGGCGUCGAGUACUUCCAAAAUCAUAUUGGUAUUAUGCAAGAAGAAGUGCGAGAGUAUGUGAACAAUUGUGAAGCAUGUGCAAUUAAUGCAUCAAUCAAAGAAAAAACCGAUAUAACUCCGGUUGUUUCCAUGACGGUCCCGAUGAAGAAUAAAGAAGCGGCGACCGUUGCUAAUUAUCUGGUCAAGGACGUGUUCAAGAUUCCGAGACUGCCGCAAAUUUUACAAAGAGAUAAUGCACGGCUGUCCUCGCCACCACAAUCACAAGGACAAGUUGAGAGGCUCAAUCAAACGAUUGGACGUGGGUUUACAAAGCUAUUAUGGGAUAGUAACAAUCAGUUGUAG